AUGCUAUUUUGAUUAGGAACUGCAACCAUACUAGUCUUAGUUUGUGUACAUCGGCUUUUCUGCGACUUUUAAUAAUUUUUGGCUGUUUACGUUGUAAUAUGAGAUAAUUUCUUCUGUCUAAUUGAUGCUAGAUCUUAGCCGUAAUUAAAGGUAUUGAAAAAUUUGCCUAAAACUUUUCGAUUGCACAAUUACAGUACAAAAACGCUAUAAAACGUGCGAAUGAAGUCAGCUGAUUGGUAAUCAAUGCUACUUUAUUACAUCAUUUCGUUUUUUUUACAGAGAAAAAUGGAAAUACGUGACAAAAAUGAAAGAGAGGCUGUUGAAAGUUUGCUAUCUCUCUCUGAUCCUGGUUCGCUAACGCCUCCGCACUCGGAUGAUGGAUCAGAGGCCAUGUAUCCAAAAUCAAAUAUGAUGAACUUGGCUGCCAAUGUCACAUGGAAGCCACCAAGUCCACCACCCGAUAUUCAUCCUCUUAUACCGAAAAAACGAUACAGAAAUAUAAAUUUGGAUGAAUUCGCUGCCAAUGAUAGUAGUCAUUCCGCAAUCUCCCCUUCACCUUCCGUUUCCAGUACCCCAAUAAUUACAGUGCUCGUUAAAAAAUCAAGUGAAAAUCUGCUUCGAAAUUUUCGGCCUAUUGCUCCAGCUCCUCCAGGAGGAUCACAAGAUGAUAGGAAAAUAGAUACUCAUCCCUCCAUAAAGAAACGCUCUUUCUUAUGUACAUACAAAGAUUGUAAAAGAUCUUACAGUAAAAGUUCACAUUUAAAAGCUCAUUUUCGAGUUCACACAGGUGAGAAACCCUAUAGCUGUCCAUACGAAAAAUGCGACAAAAAAUUCUCAAGAUCAGAUGAGCUCUCCAGACACAAGAGAAUGCAUACGGGAGAAAGAAAAUUUGAGUGUAGAAUAUGCGGGAAGCGCUUUAUGAGAUCAGACCACCGCAGUAAACAUUUAAAAACUCAUUCAGAUUGAUUUUUUGGUGUUUCUUUUCUAGUUUUGUUAAGAAAAUAAUCCAGAUACUUUAUUUUACUUUUAUUCUAUUUGAAAUUUAAUGUAUGUUACGUCUAUGCUAGAUUGUGUGACGUAAUAAAAUUAUCAGUGAUAUAUUCUAUAUAUACUGUAUACUAUGUAUAUAACUUGAAUAUAUCAUACAAUUAAUUCUCUUAUCAACCGAGUAUCUAAUGUAUUUAAGCCAACUGUGAAAAUUUCCAUUAAAACUGGAAAGAGAAUUCAUCAAGUGCAAUUAUCAAUGAGACUCUAGCUUUUUAUGGAUUUACAAAGACAUAUGUUCAGCUUGCAACAAACGAAUUCAACGGAUUAGAUCUAUGAAAGAAAAACUAUUAAAAGUAUUCUUAAUUCAAAUACUAUCGACUUAUAAUAAGUAAUAAUAUACUAAUAUUUUAAAACAUUAAAUAAAUUCACUUAACUAUGAUACUAAAUAAAUUCUGUAUGAACAAUUAAAAAUCAAGUAUAAUAUAGAGUUUUCAUCUUAUCACAACAGAAACCUUUCUAAUGUUCCUUAAAGAUAAGAUCUACUACAUGUAAAGAAGAAGUUUUGUCCGAGAAUAAACUCUAAAAUAGUGUUAAGCAUCUUUAAAUUCUAUUAGGAAAUUGUAUAUUGCAUUCUUAAAAAAAAAGAGAAAUUUCAUUAUAGGUUCCUUUAGUUGUUGUUGUUUUUUUGUUUAAUCUAUGUUCUUUUGUGUCAUAGAAUACUUUAGUUUUUUCCAGUUUAUUUAAAUAGUUGUCAAUGUUGUCAAUUAGACACAAAUAAAUACAUUUUGAUCGGAAUAUAUACACUUAAAUUUUAUAUUAGACCUUAUAUGUCCUUAGAACUAAAAUAUAUCAAGUUC